AUGGCUGUUAGUGCAGCGGGUCAAGGGUUGAUGAAUUCAUCUCUUUAUGUCGGGGAUCUACACCCAAGAGUUUCUGAUUCCGCGUUGCAAGCAAAAUUUUCUGAAAUCGGUCCAGUCCUUAGUGCUCGUGUGUGCCGGGACCUAGCCACUCGUCAUUCUCUCGGGUAUGGAUAUGUUAAUUUCGAAGAUCCAAAGCAUGCUGAACAAGCGCUGGAAGUCUUAAAUUAUGAAUCACUAAUGGGAAGGCCUAUCAGAAUUAUGUGGUCACAGAGAGACCCAUCUUUAAGAAAAUCUGGAAAAGGAAAUAUAUUUAUCAAAAACCUGGAUAAAUCCAUCGAACAGAAGGAACUGUAUGACACUUUUAGCUUUUUCGGUCGGAUCUUAUCGUGCAAAAUUGUUAUGGAUGAAAAUGGACAGUCUAAAGGGUAUGGUUUCGUACAUUUCGAAAAAGAGGAAUGUGCCGAACGUGCCAUUGAGAAGAUUAACAAUAUGAUCAUUCGAGACCGUGUUGUUUAUGUUGGCAAAUUUAUUCCCAAGACAGAACGCAAGUCUCAAGCUCGAAAAGUCAAAUUCAACAACCUUUACAUCAAAAACUUCCCACCAGAAACAGAUAACGAGAAGCUAAAAGAAAUGUUUUCUGAGUUUGGAGAAAUCAAAAGUGCUUGCGUCAUGAAAGAUAGCGAAGGAAAAUCAAAAGGGUUUGGUUUUGUGUGUUUCUUAGACCCCGACCACGCCGAAAAUGCGGUCAAAACUAUGCAUGGUAAAGAGGUAGAGGGGAGAGCUCUGUACUGUGCUCGAGCUCAACGCAAAGAAGAACGACAAGAGGAGCUAAAACAGAGACUUGAAAAACAGCGGGCCGAACGUCAGUCCAGCUAUAUGUUGAACGUCAAUUUGUAUGUCAAGAACUUGGAUGAUAAUAUUGAUGAUAAACGACUAGAGGAGGCUUUUAGUGUUCAUGGUUCUAUCACUAGUGCCAAGGUCAUGAAGGAUGCGAAUAAUCGGUCUAAGGGUUUUGGAUUCGUUUGUUUUGCGAACCCUGAACAAGCGGCCAGAGCAGUAACUGAUAUGAACGGGACAAUCAUAGGUUCAAAACCCCUAUAUGUCGCACUAGCUCAGAGAAAAGAAGAUCGUCGGGCAAAGUUGAUUGAAGAACAUCAACAGCGAUUGGCUCAGUACCGGAAUCCGGUCGCCUCAAUGAUCCCAGCAGUUCCUGGCCACGCAGCACCGCAUAGCUACUUUCCCCCUGCAUUUCAGCAGGCUCAACGGUUUUAUCACCCUUCGGGUGCUGUCCUUAGUUCACAGCCUCGUUGGAAUCGAGCGGCCGGAAUACCUGCACAAAUCGGUGGCCUUCCAAACAGACCACCCGUUGCUGGUUAUUAUGCUGGUGCGCCCAAUCCUGCUGCUAUUACAGCUAACCAAAUGGCUUCUUUCGCUCAGUUCCGCACACCAGGUGUUAACAGACCUAUGGUACCCAACGGCAUGUCAUCUAUCCCCUCAACUCACUUACAAACUGCAGCUGUUUUUAACCAGACUGCCAAUCAACAGAGACAACAAGCAUCUGGGAGACAGGGUGUGGUCGUUCCUCAAGUGCUCGGGGCUACGGCUGGUGGUUUGAAUCAACGUCCAACUGCAGCCUCAGUGGUUGCGGGUCCACCAUCUGCUAAUCCUGCCAUGCGACAACAGGUAGCCUCGCAAGUUCCAAGAGCCGUAAUGCAUUCUGGUAUGUCGAACAUAACAAAUACUGCAACAAAUGUUAGGUUCCAUCAAACAGCUCGCAAUGUCUCAGCUCAACCUACGCUUGUCCCAGCUGGAAGUAUGUCUACACUCUUACAACCCCUUGGCGAUCAGGGCAACUAA